UCAGGGCUUCCGGCGGAGAGGGGAGUGGGGCUGUGGAAGCCGCGCCUGGACCCAAUUCCCGAAGGAAGUGAUGUCAGAUAGAGCGCGUCCCCGGCGCCAAGCAGCUCCCUGAUUCGCUGGCUGCAGUUUAAUCCCUCCUCGAGUGCGGCCGCAGGCGGGUGGUCUAGAGAGGGAGAGUGGGGUGAGGUUCUGCCCACCCCGAGUAGGGCCACCUACGGCCGAGUUCUCUGAAUUCUGAGAUUGUCAUGAUGUCUUCUAAUUCAUCCAUUACCUCUUGGAUUCCAGUUUUUUCAGAGGCAUCACAUAAUGUCCUCUGAAACAUUGCCAGCAUUUAUUGAGUCUUCUAAUGUUGAAAGAAAGCAAAGCUUAAGUGAAGAACAAGAGAAGAGCCAGAAGCCAAGAUUAGGUGAAGGAUUUGAACCAAUAUCUAAACGACAAAUGAAGAAGCUAAUUAAACAGAAACAAUGGGAAGAGCAACGAGAACUCCGCAAACAAAAACGGAAGGAAAAACGCAAGAGAAAACAAUUAGAGCGACAGUGUCAACUGGAAUCAAACUCAGAUGGAAACGACAGAAAACGUAUUCGAAGAGAUGUUGUUCACAGCACACUCCGCCUUAUCAUUGACUGCAGUUUUGACAGCUUGAUGGUAUUAAAGGACAUUAAGAAACUUCAUAAGCAGAUUCAACGGUGUUAUGCAGAAAAUCGACGAGCACUGCAUCCUGUGCAGUUUUACUUGACAAGCCAUGGAGGCCAGUUGAAAAAGAACAUGGAUGAAAAUGACAAAGGAUGGGUCAACUGGAAGGAUAUCCACAUCAAACCACAGCAUUAUAGUGAAUUUAUAAAGAAAGAAGACCUAAUUUAUCUUACAUCAGACUCACCUAAUGUACUGAAGGAAUUAGAUGAAUCAAAGGCCUAUGUGAUUGGAGGGUUAGUAGAUCACAACCAUCACAAGGGACUCACAUAUAAACAAGCAUCAGAUCAUGGAAUUGAUCAUGCACAACUCCCCCUUGGAAAUUUUGUGAAGAUGAAUAGUAGAAAAGUUUUGGCAAUUAAUCAUGUGUUUGAGAUUAUUCUGGAAUAUCUGGAAACCAGAGACUGGCAAGAAGCAUUUUUUACUAUCUUACCCCAACGGAAAGGAGCUGUUCCCACAGACAAAGCCUGUGCAAGUUCUUCGCAUGACAAGAAUUCUGCCAGUGUUGAAGGUGGAUUAGACAGUGAUUCUAGUGACGAGGAAAAUAGCAGAAAUGAACUAGAUUCACAAUAUGAAGAAAAGCAGGAUAAAGAAAAUAGCAGUGAAUCUACAGUAAACUCUAUACCACACUAAUGUCAUCUGUUGUUUUUUGUUUUGUUUCGUUUUGUUUUUUUAGUUUAAGGAAAACUUAGGAAAAGAUGAGGUGCUUCAUAGAAUACUCUAAUUGGAAGAAAAUUUUAUUUCCUCUUAUUUCUGUUGUGAAUUUUUAAAACGUUCUUUAGAGCUAAAUGAUAAAAAGCCCUUAUAAGAAAGCAUUUUUUGUUUUUGCAUAAAAUUUAAAUGUUUAAUUUUUAAAAUAGUUUUCUAAGCCUCAAAUAACAGUUUCUUGAGAAUUUUACUUUUUUGGUAAACCUUCAUUCUCUUUUAUUUACUGGAUUAUAUUCUUUAGAAUGUGCCUUCAAACCUUUCAGGUUUUUUUUUUUUUUUAUGUUUAUAUCAAGUGUCUCUCUGAUUUAUUGUCUACUUAUUUGUGGAGAUAGAUAUUUACAAAUCUCCUGUAAAUCUACCAAAAUGUUCUAAAUGGGAGGUUAUCUCCUAUUUGCAGCUUUUUUAUCCAGUUACUUCAAAGGUACUUCAAAAAUAACUCAGUUACUUGAAAGGAAUACAGUGAUUUAGGAAGAACUAUUAGAUUGAUAAACUCAACAGUUUAUUUCUUUUGUACUAUGGAGUUCCUCCUCUGUGAUGCCUUUUUGUGGCUCUAAAGCAAUCACUAAAGAAUUAAGAAUCUCUUUAAUAUGUUUUCUUAAUUUCAAUAAUGGUGGUAAAUUAUUUCAAUUGAAAAUUUUAAUUUUUCAGGCUAGAUUAUUUUAAAAGGCUGUUGAGUCUCAAUUUUGUUUUAUAUUUAAAAGGAAACAGCUCUUAGUUAUCCUUCCCUUCUAUAUGUACUUUUAUUAAAUAAAAUAUUUGUUGUUCUUAAAGUGAAACAAGUUAACUUAUAUGUGCAUCUGUCUACUAGCAUAUAAUAUGCAAUCUAAUGUAACUGUAUGUUUCUACAUAUAAGCAUGUAUGAAAAAAAUAUAUAAUUGUAUGUAUAUGUAUCUGUCCACAAUCACGUAUGAUUCUUAGUUAUUAAUGAUAACAGGACUGAGUUGCCAAAUAUCCAUAUUAAUUGCAUGAAUGGUUGUGUUGAACAACACUAAGAAUUUGAAUUUUAGAAAGUGCAAAAAUCUGUAACUAAAAAUUUGUAUGAGGAUAUUGGCAAGGGAAGAUGGGACUAUAAGGAGAUGUUUUGUUUUCUACCAGCAAAUGUAGAGCAGUUAUUUUCAAAGUAGUGAUUUUUCUUUGUCACAGCUAAAGUAAGAUUUUGGAAGCCUUCCCUGAAUUUGAAUAAAUUAAGUUUCUGUUCUUUUCACCCAUUGGCAUCUUAAAUUAUAUACACAUUUGGUAGAAAGUUCAUUGGAUUUAGUAUUGAUGUUCACUGUCUCUUUUGGUUGCUUUAGUUUAGUAAUCUGUUGUAGUCAUCCAUUUAAAAUAAGAUCUGCGAGCAAGGUAUGUAAAUAAAGAAAACCCCCUACUAGUCUAGAAGAGCAAAGCUAUGUCUUAAGUUGUCUUUUUCAAAGGCUCAUAUUCCUGAGGAAAUAUGGUUUAGUAGCAUGAAAUCCAUUUGACUCUUGAAAAGUGUGGGGGUUAGGGGCACCAACCCCCUCACACAGUUGAAAAUCCAUGUAUAACUUUGCCCCAAAACUUAAUAACCUACCGUUGACUAGAAGUCUCACUGAUAACAAAGAGUGUAUUAACACAUAUUUUAUAUGUUAUAUGUAUUUUAUAGUAUAUUCUUACAAUAUAGUGAGCUAGAGAAAAGAAAAUGUUAAAAUCAUAAGAGAAAAUACAUUUACAGUACUGUCCUAUAUCAAAAAAAAUUCACAUAUAAAUGGACCCAUGCAGUUCAAACCCAUGUUGUUCAAGGGUCAACUGUAUUAUGCCUUUUACUUAAAUUAUUUGAUAUGGAAUGGGGCACAGGUUAAUUCUGAAAGGGGAAAAAUCCCUGCAGGCACUAUAUAACAAUCUUCAGUAAUUAUGAAAGGUCUGUAUUAGUUUCCUAGGGCUGCCAUAACAAAUUAUCACAAACCGAGUGCCUCAAGACACAGACACUCUUCUCUUACAAUUAUGGAGGCGAAAACUGUAGAAUCGAGGUGGGUCCCUAUAGCUUCCCUCUGGAGGCUAUAGGGAAGAAUUGUUCCUAGCCUCUUGGCUUUUAGUGGUUCCCAGCAAUCUUUACUGUUCUUACAGCUGCAUCACUCCAGUAUCUGCUUUGUCAUCACAUGGCUUCUAGCCUCAGUCUUCUUUACCUGUGUCUGUAUCCCUCUUAUAAGGAUACAAAUCAUUGGAUUAGUGUUUGUUGUAAUCCAAUAUGACCUCAUAUUGAGGUCAAUUAACUUGAUUACAUUUGCAAAGAACCUGUUUCCAAAUAAGGUCACACCCACAGGUACAAGAUACUAGGACUUGAACAUAUGUUCAAUGUUCACACGUUCAAUAUAUGUUCAUAUGUACGCACAAUUCUAUCCUUACAAGUCCAUAUCAGGCUGUUGAUGACAAGAAGGAGAUAAAACCUUCUAUUUAAAAAGGGUAAGAUUACAAUUAGAAAUAAGUAAUUGCUGAGAUAUUUAAAAAUCUUUUUAAAAUAAUAGUAAUCUCUUUUCUUAUUUUAAUGUAUUAUUGUCUCGCAACAUUGUUUUGGUUUAUGAAGGUGCCUUAUUUAAAACUUCAGUAAUAUUGAAGUCACCUGUAUUGGAAAAUAAUAAGGGUGGGGAAUUCAGUUAGUACUUAAAUAAACACAUCAAAAGAAGAUACGUCUCCUAAAAUAAAAUUUUCUCUCACUUCUUUAAAAACCCUGCAGUAUUAAUAAAUCAAGCACAUUCUUGAAGGAGCAUUCUUCAGAUUGAUUCUCCAGAAAUCAGUGUGUUGCCAUCUUGGAGCAUUUGAAAAUACUUGAGAUUGGAAAAGAAAAAAGGAAGCAAUUCUGAAGAAAUGUUAAGGUGAAUGAACAAUGAGGAGACUCCUCAAUUACUACCAAUUACAAAGGAAAGUGAAAGAUCAUUUCAUGUUAUAGAUAGGGAUACAGAUGAUACAGUUUAAAAGGCAAGAAUUGUCCGUGGAGCACUGAGGACAUGUACAGACAAUAGUUGUAAAAAGAAAAUUUAAAAGACAAAAGAGAAAGCAGAGAUUAAAUGACAGCAGUAGCCUAUGGUGCUCAUUAAACUUUGAUCUCAGUUGACCUA